AUGUGUCAGAAAUUUUCAGAUCACAGAAUGAAACGAAGACAACAAAUUAAAAUGUUUUGGCGUCGAUUACAUGGAGAAGAUAAUAAGUUAAAAUUAUUAAUGUUUGAUGUUGAUGAUGAAGAUUUUGUGGAAAAUUUGAAUGAUUGCUUAGAAGCAUUCCAAUGUAACAUUCAUCCAAUUUUGAUUCCAUCCGGAAGUUCAGGCUCCUAUUUUGUUCGAAAUUUACAAGGCCGACAUAUUGGUGUAUUUAAACCAAAAGAUGAAGAACCAUUUGCGGAAAAUAAUCCGAAAUGGCCAAAAUUUUUACAACGAUUCCUCUGUUUUUGCUGUUACGGACGUUCAUGUUUAAUACCACUUAAUGGUUAUCUAUCUGAAGUAGCUGCUUCAUUGGUUGAUGAACGGUUUCAGCUAUACAUUGUACCAAAGACUCGUAUUGUUAAAAUGGCAUCUCCGGCAUUCUUUUAUCCACGACGAUGUUGUUCAAAAUCAGAAGUGUUUCCAAAAAUUGGAAGUUACCAGCUCUUUGUUCAUGGUUACAAACCCGCGUAUGAUGUGGUACCUGGUUGGGAGUUUAUCGGUACCAAUGAUCCACUUACAUCCCUCGAACGGAAGCGUUUCCUUGUUUUGUUUCAAAAAAUGUGUGUAUUAGAUUAUGUAAUUCGGAAUACUGAUCGGACCAUGGAUAAUUGGUUGAUACGGUAUAUACCGGAUGAAACACUUGAUAUUGCAGCUAUAGAUCAUGGCUUAGCAUUUCCUGUUAAACAUCCAGAAACUGCAACAGUUCUUCGGCCAUUUGUAUACGGCUGGGCAAAUAUGGAUAGCACGCGAGAGCCUUGGGAUGAACAAUUACGCGAUCGUUUGUUAUCUUUACUUACCCCAAUGUUCGUUCAUCGUUUAUGUACGGAAAUUAAAAAGCUCUUCAUGAUUGAUACUACCAAUAAUAGAUUUCUGAUAAAUAAUCAAUUGAAAGUAUUCCGAGGACAGUUAUGGAAUUUACGCCUUGCUCUAUUGGAAAAUGAAUCGCCGCUGAAAAUGAUUCAACGACCACUUCUUGUUGUUACUAAACGAUAUCGUAAAUAUCCGACAUCCGAUAUUUGGGAAGAGUGUUUUAAAGCUAAAACUCCAGACUAUUCGGGGAGACGGUGCUGUUAG